ACUAAGGAAACAAGAGUGGAGUUGGAGGAGCGUCCCGGACCCGGAUGCUUGUAAAUAUCCACGUCAACAGAGAGUAUAUUGAUGAAACAGUUAUAGGGGCCAGAAACAGUGCUAAUAUAGUCAUUAUCGGCGACGGCUGAUGUGUAAUUGAAAGGCUGCUGAACACGCUGGUGUUUUUUGGCUUGUGUAAACAAUGACUUCCUUAACACAGAGAAACUCGGGCCUGGUGCAGAGACGGACCGAGGCCUCGCGUUCCGCCGCUGCCACCGAUAAGGAGAGAGGCCCCGGGGAAGAUGAGUUCGACUCCCGCCGCGGAGAAGAGGAAGAAGACGACAAGGGAGACUCCAAAGAGACUCGACUGACUUUGAUGGAAGAGGUGCUGCUGCUCGGACUGAAGGAUCGAGAGGGUUACACGUCAUUUUGGAAUGAUUGCAUCUCUUCAGGACUGAGAGGAUGUAUGCUUAUUGAGCUGGCUAUAAGGGGACGUCUGCAAUUGGAGGCAUCUGGAAUGAGGAGGAAAAGCUUGCUCGCCAGAAAGGUUAUAUGUAAAUCUGACACCCCUACUGGAGAUAUGUUGCUGGACGAGGCAUUGAAACAUAUUAAAGAGACCCAACCGCCAGAGACAGUCCAGAGCUGGAUUGAGUUGCUAAGUGGUGAAACAUGGAAUCCGUUAAAGCUGCACUACCAGUUGCGAAAUGUGCGAGAGCGUUUGGCUAAGAACUUGGUGGAGAAGGGUGUCCUCACCACUGAGAAACAAAACUUCCUGCUUUUUGACAUGACCACCCACCCGCUCACCAACAACACAAUCAAGCAGCGGCUGGUGCGCAAGGUCCAGGAAGCUGUCCUGGAGAAAUGGGUAAACGAGCCCCAGCGGAUGGAUAAGCGCAUGCUGGCCCUGCUGUUCCUGGCACAUUCCUCUGAUGUUCUAGAAAACGCCUUCGCUCCUCUUCUGGAUGACCAGUAUGAUCUGGCCAUGAAAAGGGUGCGGUUGCUUCUGGAUCUCGACCCCGAGGGAGAGGCUGCCAAGUCGGGCGCCAAUGAGCUGUUGUGGGCGGUGGUGGCCGCUUUCACCAAAUGAACCUCCAGAGUAGUGAGAAAGGGACUCAACUUUCUGCUAAUGGCAUCUGACUCAGACCACAGGCCCCAAGCUUGGUUAAUUCGGAAUAAUAUUGGUGAUGGAAAUACAAAUUAUGAAGGAGAUUAUGAUGCUGAGUGUGAUGAUGAAACAUUGCAAAGGACAGCUUUUUCUUAUAGUCACGGAUCUAUCUCUGACCUUCACAAAGGUGUUGCUCUGUCUUCUUUUACAUGGCCAAUAGUUGCUACAUGAUUGCAAUUCACUGUGAGGCUUGUAGUUCAUGCACUUAGAUCAUAAACAGAGUUCAUGUAAGAACAACAGUGAGGGUGUUGAAGGAGGUGGUUUGUAAAGAGUCUUUUGGCCCUGUAAUUGACUAGGCAACGACUCUAAUUGUAAUUCACAUCCUGGUAUAAUUCUACUGUAAUCUCAGUCUCCAUUUAGCUUUCAAUAAGAAGAUCAGCCACUACUUCAGAAUACCCAGGCAUGAUGAUCUGUGGCCUCUCCUUGACACGGUUAAGAAAUGAAAAGGUCCGGUUUCGAUUGCUUUUAAAUAUUCAACAGGAAAUGUUCCAUUACCUUCUGCUUCCUGAAAUUGGGAAGAUCUUGAGUUGAAAGAAAAUAAAUCAUUUCACAAUUCAAAAGACUGAAAUGAAAGCAUCCGUUAUUCUCCAGUGCUUUUAAAGGUAUCAUUCCUUGCUAGCCUUCUUUCCAGAAUUUAUUUCCACCUUUCAAGAAUGUUCAAAGAAAACAAUGUUCUAAUGUGUGCUAAAUCAGUUUGAAAUGAAAGACAUUUGCUUGGUGUUUCACACCACCCUAUGUAUAGUAUGUAUAUAACUUAAAAGCAUUGAUGGAUAUUGUUAUUUUACAGACAGCCUUUUUGUUCUAUAUUCAACUGAUCAGGAAAUCCAGUUUAUCUCUCAAGUGUGGAUCAUGUUGCAAAAGCCCAAGAUUCACAGCUACUGGGUUGUACUUACUAGUUUGUGACAAUUUGUGGCUGUGGUUUUAUACCCUAAGUAGCCGUUCACACCGAACAAAUUUCUGCAUCCGUAUGCGCUGUUUUCUAAAUAAUUAUUCUAUAUAAGCAUGCGUUAGAUGGCCGUCUUUGACCGUCGCUCCUCGUCCCGGUGUUUUACAGCAUCUCGCCCAUGAGCACUGUCUGAAGUUAAAAGAACUUCAGCUUUAAAAAACGCAUCCCUAGACACCUAAGUUCUGCUCUAUUCGUUGCACCGUGUCUAGCUUUUUUAGUGCAAGAAUGCGUUCGGUCUGAACGGUCCUGAACAUACUCUACACAAGUAUGUGAACGCUGUUGUUUCUAGCUACGUAAGCUUGAUUUCAUUGGUAGUUGUUUCAAAAUGUGUAAGAGUGCAAUACAUAACGCAAGUAUGCGUUGCAUUGCCAAUGUUGCCACAAGGGGAGCUAUAGUGAGAUAAGUGUGAGAUGUCCAUUUCUAUAGUGAGUUUUCUCUUUCAAGUCAACUACUGUCAUGGUGGGGCAACAAUUUAAAGAGAAUAUUGCUGAGCAAGUAAGGUAAAAUCAAUAUAUUUUAGGAACUUACGAAAAUAACACAUCUAGACUCAUGAAACAGACUUUUGUAAAGGUAAACCUAUCGCCCCCUUGAGUACAGAGGUUUGUUCCCGCCAUGGUAACGCAAGAACGCCGGACCGCGAGUUGACAAUGUGGUGGCCAAGCGCUCGCAUCUGCGUUCACGUACUUGCGAAGAGUAUUUUGGCCGUAAUACGCCACAAGGAAAUGUGCUCUCUUAUAUACCCUAAGUCCAACUUUAAGACUUAAGUCUCAUGAGUUUCAUUGAUUUCAAGAGAAUGGCCAAACAUUAUUAGAGCUUGCAGUGGCCCAACAUAAAGGAAGGCAUGUAUUAUUGGGGCCUUUCUAUUUUCGUCAUUGCAUUUAAGUAACUGUUUCUUACAUAUCAUUUGUUAAUGUCAUAAUCCUCUCAUUAUUAUUCAAAUUUUUAUACAAUCAUUUAAACAUGUUUAUUUUGUUCCUUUCUUUAGCUAUUAGCUCAGUAUUUCUCUCAAUCGUCUGUCAUGUUUUGCCAUGUCUGGUGUUUAUUUGUUGUCUCCUGUCCUGAAAGAGGAUGGGUAAAGAAUGGGAUAGGGACAUACCCUUCCUGAGUUUAAGCAGAUGUUUGACCAUGUUGUUUUACUGUUAGUACACAAUACUUACUGAGCUGUAAAAGUAGAGAAGUGUGGAAUGGAUGCCCAGAUUUAUACAUCUGCUUUUUACCAUAUAAUAAAGAAUUAUUGAAGUGCCUGGUAGACAUAUGAAUAUUAA